AGCUGAAUAUACCGGAAUGCAUAGGGAGGUAUGAAUUGAGUGUGUAUGUAUAAGCCGCAUACCGUUUGCUCUGUUAUCGCAUGAAAAAAUCACAAAUAAAAUUUUAAUUUAACGGAAAUUCUUCUGACCUUCUUCUGGCCUAAGAUGAAAUAUUCCCACUUGAAAUUGGUCGAAAAUUUCGGUUGAACAUUUCACUCCUCCCGCUCUGACUAUUUUUUGGAGCGAAACCAACACACGCACACACAUGCAUGCCUUUUGUGUCAUCCACACAGGACCAAUACAAAGCAUUGUGUAUCGCCGAAGUAUUUUCAAACCUCGUGAAACUCAGUAUUGUUUGAAUCGGCGUUGAAAAAAAAGUAAUUUACACACAAAAGACAAUUAUUGGAAAAAUUGACAAAAUACUGAAGUGUUGUAUUAAACAAAAUUAUGAAAUAUACGAUUGAGCAACUGAGUUAUGUUGUGCCUGCGAUUUCGAUUGGAUUUCUUUUCAUUAUAACCUCAAUAAAUGUUUAUUUCAAAAUAAGGCGACGAUUUCCAGCUACAGUAAAUUGUUGGUUCUGCAAUGAGAAUAGCAAAGUGCCCUACGAUGACUUAAACAAAUGGACGUGUCCGAAAUGUGAGCAAUACAAUGGUUUCUCUGAGGACGGUGACUACAACUGUGAUAUUCCAGCGCAACGAAGUGUAAAACUGAACAAAUGGAAGACGUCAAGUUUUUCAUCGAUGAACGGAUCAAUUAGCGGUCGAUUAACGCCAAUGAAUGGGCUGUGUGAACCAUGCAAUCGAAAUCAAGAGCUAAAAGUGCAGCAACUGGCCAGUUUCGAGCCGGAGAAUGAGGCCUAUUUCGACGAGGAAAUCGAAGAGUAUCGAGUCAAAUUGGAGCAGGCGUAUCGUUUGUGCCCACGCUGUGAACGUCACUUGAAGCGCUCACUGAACAAAGUGAAAACGAAUAUUCUGGGUUCUAAACUAAGACAAAUCGGUACCAAAGGGUUGCAGGCAUUCAACUUGAGUUUGAAUCAAAAAGCCAAUAAAGUCAUUGUAUAUAGAAAGCAAUUAACAUUUGCACGGAUCUCACUUGGCGCUCUGAUUGUCAUCUCAUUGCUGCAAUUGUUCACCACAACUAAUCAAAUAAACAUCACCAAGCCAAAGCUUGAUUCCGUUUUUAACGCUGCCACAACUACCUCAAUUCUAACCGUUUUUUCAUACAUUUCGGCCGUAAAAAUCUUGAUUUUGCAAUCGAUUCAAUACAUACUUGCUUUGCCAUACAUAUCACUGGCGGUAACAUGCGUACAAAUGCUCGUGAAGUACGUGUAUACUUACGUCAAUGGUGACAUUUGGAAGCUAAUCAAAACAGAAUUCUUGGAAUUGGCCGACUCAAGUGUGAGCGGAGAUGAGUUAAAUCCCGAAUUUUCAACACUCACAACGAACGUUUCGGGUUGCUUCCUUUCAAUAUUUUUGCUGUUUUUAUUCGGAUUGGGUUGGGGCCCUGUUUUGUCACUGUUACUGUGGAGUUUUAGCAUGGUCUUACCAACCAUCACAGUUGACGAAACGGAUUUGGGACAAGCUCUUGUUUUGGAUUUUGUUCAGCUAAUUUUGGUGUGGUCAUCAGUGCUGUUAUCGUUGGUUAAUUGCUUCACACUGCCAACUAGGCCGAUUCAAUCGAACACUGACAAAAACUCUAGUUUCCAUCGAAUUGACUCCGAGAUGAACUCAGACGUUUCGGAUGACAGCGAAGCAGAGAGUGAGUUAAAUUCAUCGUUGCGUUCGAAUAUGUCAUCGGCGAGUAAGCGUUCACUGUGGAACGAGACAAGAGUACUCAAUUCCACCAUUGCAUCCAAAGCACCAUCACAUUACUCAACGAAUUCGAUGCGUCAGCGAUCGUAUGGCAUUUCAUCACAGUCAAUCGCUUCAACAAAACCCGCAUCGCCUGAAAUGAAUACAUCAUUUGGUUCGGAACGUUUCUACAAAGGAAGCCAAUUUGAUUUGACUAGAGACAAAUUCAACGGAUCGCAAAGAUCAUUAAUGGCUGCACAAUCACAAUCGGACAUAUUCGGCAGGCAACAAUGCACCAGUGCCAUUUCAUUCCAUGCGUUGAACAAAACAUUUACCAACGUCGACCCAAGCGUGAGAUCAUCAUCGCGUAACUCAUUUUACGACAUACCGAAUGACUUUGAAAGUGGCAUAACACAGUUAAGCAUCAGUGGUGCGAAGCAUUCACAAGCAAAGAACCAUUCUCGAGUAUUUGGUUCAACGGAUUUGUUGAGCGAUGCGUUGCGCCAUCGUAAAUCAGUACUAUCACCAUCUCGGUUGAGCUUAAACGAAGCCCAUCAUCCGGUCAAUCAAUCAUCUUGGCUCGCUGGCGGUUAUUGGAAUAGCACAUCGCCUCAGAAAAAAUCCACCGCACCGCCACCAUCUAGUUUAUAUGGAUUCGAUACAUGCACGAUGCCAAAGGAAGCUUUUCCCGCAAUUUCCAGAGCCUCGUCAAAGAGUUCAGGGUUUGAGUCACGUGAGAAUUCAUUGUGUGACGACACAGAAGUUGAGCGAACAUUUUUGUUUCCCGAACCAACAUCGCUGGCAACCAAAGCCAACAAUGGUCUUAUCAAACCAAAACCACACAAACCGAUGAGCCUUGUCAACCGAUUCAGCGGAGACCAUUCACGACAAUCAGCAUCGUGCAUACCAGCACCGACUCCAGAUGUGUUCACCAAUAAUUCCAUCGGAGAAAUAGAAAAUUCAUUGCCCAACUUCUCCAUGCUGUCACGUUCAUUUGGUCGAUUUACAUUGCAACAGCCGGCACAGCAGCAGCCAUUGCCGCAACCAUCACAUUUUCAACACCAUAACAACGUUUUAAAGUCAGAUCAAUCGAUCACAUCAACUUUAAAUCAAUUUGCUAGACAUAACAGAGACUUGCCAAUGCGAACAUUUCAACGUGGUAGUUUGAUAAAAUUACACGAUCAAAUGUCAAUGGACCACUAACACAAUCGACUUCAAUCGAUUUAAGAUCGUGAUUUUUUUUUUAUUCAACCAAUUUACCGAGAAUGAAAAUGUUCAAUUGUUCAUGCAACUAUGCGUACUGCCGAAUACUGUUCUUAGCAUUUAAGUUAUUUACACUCACAUUAGGUUUUUAACGGAUUUUUUUCUCUCUCCUUAACCAAUUGUGUAUAUUUGAACUAAUUUCUGUUCUGCAAAUUAAGAAAUGUAAAUAAAAUUGUUUGGAUUUUGAAACUUUUUGAUACAAUA